AUGCCGCUCUCCGAUCUCGCGGUGUCUUCGCUGCCUGUGAUCUCGCCGGUCCCAGAUAUAUCCCGCUACAGCCUGAAACAGAUCUCACGCUGGAUACGCGACGAUCUCGACGUUCGAGUCGCGCGAGAAGGCCCUGACACCCUUCGUCCAGACGACGUGGUCGCGCUGCACGAACUAUUCACUGCCUUGCGUCACUUCACGACUAUCUCUGUUCGUGACCUCCGGGCGACAGGCAUUCAUAAAGCCAUAAAGGAUAUUUCUGGCAUUGCUACACGCUGGCCGGGGCGUUUGUGCGAUGACUGCGACGCGAUCGUCAACAUCUGGACCAUCAAGUUUGGGCCCCUCGACGAGCUUUAUCCGUUCUUGUAUGGUCGGGGAGGGCGACUUGAAGGUAUCGCCAGUGUGUCUGAGCACAAUCGUGAGGCGCUCCUCAAGAGGUGGUCUCAAUUUUGUCCCGACAAGAUUGAUCCCAGGGUAUCUCACAGUCGAGGUAGCCUUGGUUUCAGGGCUGGCGACUGGUGGAUCAAUCCUCUGUUCGCACAUCAUGCAGGCAUCAUUGGGCUUGAGUCAGUUGAAGGUGGGACAACUUACGACAAGAAUGGCGCCUAUGCGCUCGUCUUAAAAAGGGCCAGCGAGGUCGAUGCUCGAGAUGAGUAUGGGUUCACGUACCGCUGUCCGAUCAACGACAAAGGCAGGUUUCGAUUGACAGCCGCAACCGCCAGGUCUCGUGCACCAAUACGAGUGCUUCGAGCCCAGGGUGUCAACAGUGUCUGGGGCCCGAAGGCUGGAAUACGGUAUGAAGGAUUGUACUCGGUCAAAGGCUGGCGUAUUCGUCAAGCUAAUCUCAAAGAUACGGUCAGUGGUGAUUGGGAACAUGGGGACAUCUUGUAUGAGAUCUCGCUACAAAGGAACGAUUCAGUAUCUAUGGACGAAGUGACUAAACGACCAACCAACAUGGAACUGGACGAUUAUACGGAAUACAAGCGACUGCGGAGGCUUUACCGUGAGGGCAAGCACACAGGACUUGUACUGUCGACGUCACCUCGCAUGGCACCGCGUCUGCCACCUAUCGACAUCUCACCUAGCCCGACCAGUGCGCCGCAGUCGCUACUACGUCUCUCACCGAGCCUUUUACGCAGACCUACGUUCAGAUCGCCCGAUUUUGACGAUAUCAGCGUGUCCCGAUCAUCACUUAACUCGGUCGCAAUUUCGAUCAGCCACGUCGUCUCUCCUAUGACAGUUCCAAGCCCGCAAAGCUCGUUUUUCAUGCUGCCGGAUGCCAUUUCUACCAAAGUCAACAACGGCAGCCUACCAGACUCUUCAAAUGACGAGUCUACCAGUACUAUUUUAGCUGAGAAGCCAGUCGGGAAGUCCAUCGCCAGCAGCACUCGUUCGACCAUAGACGACCUCAAGGAGAUCAUACCGUGGAUUGAGUUAGAACCUCAGAUAUCAACGCCUCUUUCGCCGAGUCCGACAGUAGGAAUAAGUCAGCAAAGCACCAGUAAAUCUACAGACAGGCUGGAGGCCAAAGCUGCAGCAUUGAACCCAGUGAAAACAGUUAGAAGAUUGGCGAGAGAUUCAGGGCACCAAUUCGAUCUGGAUUUGCAGAGUCGGGAGCUGAGAGAGCAGGACGCAGCAACAAACGGACUAAACCUACGAAUCUAUCCUGCGAAGCCAAUAUUCAGCAAGAAGAAUGAGGAGGAACAGCAGAAGGCAUCAAAUUCACUAAAUUUACGGCUUUACGCUGCAAAGCCAAUAUUCAGCAAGAUAUUGGAAAAGCACAAGCAAGGCUCUACAAACAAGGCAGUCGUUGGAAAGAAGCCAAAGUUCUUCGAUGGAGCAGGGUAUAGUGCUGACGAGGAAGAUGACGACUGCAGGACAUCCCCCCCGAAAAUCCAACAAUCACGCCCCAGUUCUGUGACUCGUACCUCGAGGGUUCAUUCUCCGACCCCGAUCAAACCACAAGGGCAACCCCGAUUCAUCAGCUACGGUACUGAAGACAUUGAGUUUGCGUCGGAUCGCAUGUCUCGCACCGGGGCGGUGUCUCCAGCAUAUAGCUUCAGGUCAUCGCCAACGAUGAGCCCUAGAGGCCGUCAGAACGCUCGAGAAAGCAUUGCACUGGGGAAACUGAAACGGUGGCUGAGCAGAUAGGUGGGUUGCAUCCUUCGAUACGACCCCGUUUUGUUGGGGUUUCGACUUCUAUUUUAUGUCUACUUCAUCAGUUUGUUUGUCGUACUUGUCUGGCUCACCGGAGGCAGAGGAGGCCACUUUCUUACUACUUCCUGUGGAUAGGCA